UGCGCUGGCGUCCGGGCCGAGGUUGUCUCCUGGAGGACUAGGGCCGUUUGGCCUUCAAGGCCUGGUAAGCAACCCACCGAGGUCCUAGGAGACGAGCCUGUGCGAGCGUUAGCCCGGUGACCCGUACUUUGCCAAGCAAGGGACAAUGCACAAUGGCUGGGCCUUUAGAGACUUUUGUAACGGUCCCUGGGGCCAGCUCUUCAUAGUCAACUCUUGCCCUUUAGUUCUUGGAACCAAAAAGUUGGUAACUUUCCUGUGACCUUGGUGCAGACAACAUCGCUGUCAGAGGGUUGCAUGUAGGUCAACACCACCAACUUCUCCCCAUGGACUCAUCCAAGAAGACAGAGGUGGUUCUCCUGGCCUGUGGCUCUUUUAACCCCAUCACCAACAUGCACCUCAGGCUGUUCGAGCUGGCCAAGGACUAUAUGCAUGCUACAGGAAAAUACAGUGUUAUCAAAGGCAUUAUCUCACCGGUCGGUGAUGCGUACAAGAAGAAAGGGCUCAUCCCAGCCCACCACCGAAUCAUCAUGGCAGAACUUGCCACCAAGAACUCACACUGGGUGGAAGUGGAUACGUGGGAAAGUCUUCAGAAGGAGUGGGUGGAGACUGUGAAGGUGCUCAGAUACCAUCAGGAGAAGCUGGCAACUGGCAGCUGCAGUUACCCACAAAGCUCACCUGCACUGGAAAAGCCUGGGCGGAAGAGGAAGUGGGCUGAUCAAAAGCAAGAUUCUAGCCCACAGAAGCCCCAAGAGCCCAAACCAACAGGUGUGCCCAAGGUGAAAUUGCUGUGUGGGGCAGAUUUACUGGAGUCCUUCAGCGUGCCCAACUUGUGGAAGAUGGAGGACAUCACGCAAAUCGUGGCCAACUUUGGGCUCAUCUGUAUCACUCGGGCUGGCAGUGACGCUCAGAAAUUCAUCUACGAGUCCGAUGUGCUGUGGAGACAUCAGAGCAACAUCCACCUGGUGAACGAGUGGAUCACCAAUGACAUCUCGUCCACCAAGAUCCGGAGGGCGCUCAGGAGGGGCCAGAGCAUCCGCUACUUGGUACCGGACCUGGUCCAAGAGUACAUUGAGAAGCAUGAGCUGUACAACACGGAGAGCGAAGGCAGGAAUGCUGGGGUCACCCUGGCUCCUCUGCAGAGGAACGCCGCAGAGGCCAAGCACAACCAUUCCACUCUGUGACACAGGGCACGGCGUCCGCCAGAGGCUCGUCUGGAGACUCGAAACUCAGGGAAGGACUUGCCAUCAUCCUGUUUCAUCAACUGAAAGAUAAAGGUUCGAUUUAAAAAAAAAAACAAACCACCAGGGAAUUAAGAUCCGUGACUGAGAUGAAUGUUUUAAAUAAGACCAUUAAAAAAAAGGAUGUAAUUCACCUUUCAAAUAACAGCUCAGUCACUAAAAUGAAAUGUUAAUGACGCUAACUUUAAAUCAAUUUUUCUAGAAAGGACCUCAUGCUCUGCCGCACAAGAGAAGCAAACGUGAUGAGCAAGUCCAUUCACAAGCCACUCUUUUUUUUUUUUUAAAGAUUUAUUUAUUGAUUAUAUGUAAGUACACUGUAGCUGUCUUCAGACACUCUAGAAGAGGGAGUCAGAUCUUGUUGGGGAUGGUUGUGAGCCACCAUGUGGUUGCUGGGAUUUGAACUCUGGACCUUCGGAAGAGCAGUCGGGUGCUCUUACCCACUGAGCCAUCUUGCCAGCCCCCACAAGCUACUCUUUAGGGGCUGGAGAGAUGGCUCUGAGGUUAAGAGCACAGACUGCCCUUCCAGAGCACCCAGACUCAGCUCCCAGCACCUGCAUGGCAGCUCUCAGCUGUCUGUAACUACAGUUUCAGGAGAUCUGAUGCCCUCUCUGUCCUCUGUGGAGUCUGGGCCAUAUAUGCUUCAGGCAAAAGACACACACACACACACACACACACACACACAUUUGCCACACAAAGAGAAAGAGCAGCCUCACUCUAGCCAGGCUCACCGAUGCCCACCUGCAGCCCCAGCUGCACUAGGAGCUGAGGUCAGAGAAUCACUUUGAACCCAGGAGUCAAAGAUGACCCUAGGCAAGAAAACAAAACAGAAUCCUAGCACUAGUUAUGAAGAGAACUGACACGUCCUUAGUGCUUAGUGACAACCAUCUUUAUCCAGAAUAGACAAAGGAAGGAAUUCUUUAAGAUGUGACCUUGGCUGGGCAUGUGACUCAGUUGGUAGAGCACUGGCCUAGCAGGCCUGAGGCCCUGGAUUAGAUCACCACACCUGGGCAUGGCAAUGCACACCUUUAAUGCUGGCCCUUGGAAGGUGGAAGCAGAAGGAUCAAAGGCUCAAGGUAUCCUUGACAAUCCGCAAGUCUGAGGUCAUCAAGGGACGCUGAGGACCCUGUGUCUAAAUUAAACAAAUAAAUAAAUGAUCCCGCAAAAUUCACC